GCUGGCCUCUGCACACAGCCGCUUUCUGCCUUGUAAGCUCAGAGGUCCCGACCACUGUGGGCAGGCGUUGCUGCAGAUUGGGAUGAACAUGAUGGCACUCCCUGGAGUUCAGCACCUGGAUUCCAUCCCUGUGCAAGGGCAGAGGCUACACUUCAUGCAGGUGGACUCGGUCCAGCGCUGGAUGGAGGAUCUGAAGCUCAUGACCGAGUGUGAGUGCAUGUGCAUCUUACAGGCAAAGCCCAUCAGCUUGGAGGAAGAGACACAAAGUGACCUUAUCCUAGCAGGUGGUCCUGGCCCAGGAGAUCCACUACAGCUGCUCCUGAAGCGGGGCUGGGUCAUCAGCACAGAGCUUCGCAGGAUCGGGCAGAAGUUGGCCCAGGACCGCUGGGCACGUGUGCACAGCAUGAGUGUGCGUCUGACCUGCCAUGCACGCUCCAUGGUCAGCGAGUACAGCACCAUCAGCAGGACCUCCUCCCAGGAAAUGGGCCAGGCAGAAAAGCUGCUCAUGGAUAAAUGUUCUGAGCUCUCGGCAGUCACAGAGAGGUGCCUCCAGGUGGAAAACGAGCAUGUUCUGAAGUCAAUGAAGGCCUGCGUGAGUGAGACCCUGAGCAUGCUGGGCCAGCACUUUGGCCAGCUACUGGAGCUGGCUCUGACUCGGGAAGUGCAGGCACUUGUGAGAAAAAUCGAUACCUCAGAUAAUAUCUACAUCAUGGAGUCUACUACAGGGAACUUGUUCAGCCUGACCCAGGAGGGGGCUCCUUUGUGCCGCAUCAUAGCCAAGGUGGAUGGUAUCCUGUGCUUGGCCGACAUCUUGACUGAUGACAGCCACUCAGAGGCUACUCGAGCUGAGGCUGCAGCUGUGGUGGCCCAAGUUACCUCCCCACAUCUGUCCUUCACCCAGCACCUCACUAGCUUCCUGGAAAACAUGGAGGAGAUUGUGACAGCCCUCAUCAAACUGUGCCAAGAGGCCUCAUCUGGGGAAGUCUUCUUGUUGGCCUCUGCGGCCCUUGCCAACAUCACCUUCUUUGACAAAAUGGCCUGUGAGAUGCUUCUACAGUUGAAUGCCAUCCGUGUCCUCCUGGAAGCCUGCAGUGAUAAGCAGAGAGUGGACACACCUUAUACUCGGGACCAGAUUGUGACCAUCUUGGCAAACAUGUCUGUACUGGAGCAGUGUGCCUCUGACAUCAUCCAGGAGAAUGGUGUCCAGCUCGUCACGGGCAUGCUGUCUGAGAAGCCAAGGUCUGGGACUGCUGCUGAAGUGGCAGCCUGUGAAAGGGUCCAGCAGAAGGCUGCAGUGACGCUGGCCCGCCUCUGCCGAGACCCAGAUGUGGCCCAGGAGGCCGUGCGGCUCAGCUGCAUGUCUCGCCUUAUUGAGCUCUGCAGAUCCCCAUCUGAGAGGAACAACAGUGAUGCUGUACUCGUGGCCUGCCUGGCUGCCCUGCGUCGGUUGGCCGGGGUCUGCCCAGAAGGCCUCCAGGACUCUGACUUCCAGCAGUUGGUACAGCCUCGGCUUGUGGAUUCCUUCUUGCUGUGUAGCAACAUGGAGGAGAGUUUUGUGUAGCGAGUGUGGGAGAGGAGGCACACCAUGCACACUUCUCAGAACACACUAGCUGUCCUCACCUCCUUAUUUAUAUGUAAUUUAUUUUUUUACAUGAAAUUAGAAAGGGAAAGAGAUGGUCCUUGGGAAUAAUUUUGCAUUUUGCUUUUAUUUUUUUUUUGGGGGGGGGUCUUCUGUGGCCGUGCAGGUGUUCAUAAAAGGAUGUCACAGGUGAUUCCUCUUCAUAAUGCUUUUUCUCUUUCCAGCAUAUAAUCUUUCCCAUUAAUAAAAAAAGGAAAAAAAAAUAACUUUGAACCAGGGUAUUUCAACUGCCCAGCAUUUUUUAAGUUAGUUUUACUCUUUUCAGAAAUUUAAAGUGAAUUUUACAGUUGGACAGAUGUACUGUAAGGAAAUGUUUUUCUUUAAUAAAUGGAAUAAUGGAAAAUGUGUCCUUUUUA